AUGGCUGAGAACUUAGAUGACAUAGAAGAUAUAGCCGUCCUAGCAUUGUUACUAGAUGAAGAAGAAAAAAUAAAUAAUAAUACAAAACAAAAAAGACUUUGGGUUCACGACGUAUGGAAAAAAAUAAAAACAGAAGGAGAAUUUGCCACUUUAUAUAAAGAAUUAGUGGAUCAUGAAACGAAAUUUUUUGAAUAUUUUCGAAUGCCACAAUACAGUUUCAACGUAUUGUUGCAUAAAAUUGAACAUGAUAUUAAAAAACAAGACACUUUUUGGAGAGAGGCCAUAACACCAAGAGAAAGACUGGCAGUUUGUUUAAGAUUUUUGGCUACAGAAGAUUCCUUCACGACAAUUUCAUUUAGUUAUCGUCUAGGUCAUACAACUGUUUAUAGAAUUGUAAUUGAAACUUGUAAAAGUAUAGUAACAAAUUUAAUGUCAGAAGUAAUGCCACAACCCACAGAAGAAAGAUGGAAACAAAUUGCAAAUGAUUUUUGGACCAAUUGGAAUUUUCCGAAUUGUAUAGGUGCGUUGGACGGAAAACACGUCACUAUUCAAGCACCACCAAAUACUGGUUCACAUUUUUUUAACUAUAAAAAAACAUUUUCUGUCGUGUUACUUGCAUUAGUUGAUGCACAGUACAAUUUUAUAGCCGUAGACGUGGGCGCUUAUGGAAAAAACAGUGAUGGCGGAAUAUUAGCACACUCUAACUUGGGAAAAUCGUUAGAAAAUGGUUCGUUAAAUAUUCCAAAAGAUGAAUUUUUACCUGGAACCACCAUUUCUGCUCCAUACGUUAUAUUAGGAGACGAAGCGUUUCCUCUGAAAACGUACUUGAUGCGACCAUAUCCAGGGAAGCAACUAGAUGAUUCCUUAAAACGAAUUUACAAUUAUCGUCUUUGUAGAACUCGUAGAGUAGUGGAAAAUUGCUUUGGGAUUUUAGCACAAAAGUUUCGUGUUUAUAACAGGAGGAUACAAUCGAAGCCAGAAAAUUGCCAUCCGACAAAACAUAGUUUUGAACAAAUAGAAUCGGACGAGACGGAUACGGAACGGGCACGGAACGGGUACGGAACGGACAAGUGUAAACGAUAA